UAGAGGCGUCAGACGGCCGCCAGAGCAUCCCGGUUACGCACUGUUCAGAGGCCCCAUCGACAUUUUGCAGCGCCAGAACCAGCUGAAGGAGAAGUCCACAUAGUCGGGCACACGGCCACAUUUACAGUCAGUAAUGGAGAGCCUGUUGGAUAAUCCAAUGAAAGCCGUUCUUUACCUGAAGGAGCUCACCACUAUCGUCCAGAACCAGCAAAGCCUGAUCCAGACGCAGCGCCAACGCAUCGACGAACUCGAGCGGAAGGUGGAGGACCUGAUAGGAGAGAACCGACAGUUGCGGGACCCCCAUCAAUACGUCCAGCAGCCCGCCCAGCUUCACCACCACCACCAUCACCCGACUCACCGCAGCGCCAGUCCUCAGGCGCCGGCCAACCUCCAUCAGCACCCGGGGAGCAACAAAGCUGCGGCUCAUCUCGGCCAGCAGGCGCAGCAGCAGCCGCCGCCGCCGCCGCAGCAACAGCAGCAGAUCCCCGGUCUAUCGGCCCAGCUUCCGCAGCAGCAGAUCCCCGGUCUAUCGGCCCAGCUUCAGCAGCAGCAGAUCCCCGGUCUAUCGGCCCAGCUUCAGCAGCAUCCGACCCCUCCUGCGCCUUCCUCCCACCACCCGCAGCAGCUGCAGCUCGUCCCCACCUCGCCGCAGUCACCCAAAGGGAGCCAAGGCAGCCCGGACUCCGCCGAGGAGGACAAGAGGAGCCCCUGCUGCAAGUCCCUGGUUCCGCAGACUCCCACCACUCUCUGCCGCUCAGUUGGACUCGCAAGGAAAGCGGACAACCAAACAGUGCUCCACCAGUUCUGCUGCCCUGCCCCAGAGGCCCCUGAGGGGGAGACUUCUACCGCCUGUGUCCCCAGCGAUGACCUUUCUCCAGACUCGUCUAUUGGGGAGGAAGGGAAGGGAGGAGAGGGGGAGCUGCAGAGUGAGGUCGAGUCACAACCGCAACCUCAGCCCGAGCAACAGCAGCAAGAGGCUGAGCCACAGAUUCAUCCGCCACAGCCUCAGUGUGAGCCCCAACCGCAGACUCAACCUCAGCCCCUGCCUGAAACCAAUCCUCAGCCGGGAUCUGAACCCAAAUCUCAUCCUGCACCGGAGCCCGAGCCCGAGCCUCAGCCUCAGCCUCAAGUCGAGGUUCCGAGCGAGGAGGCGGCACAGGACGCCCCUGAAGCCCCUUCACCUUGCAGAGAGGAGCAGGUGGUGGUGGAGCAAGAGAUGGAAACGCUGGAAGAAGUUGUGGAGGCAAAGAGAACGCAAGAGGGAGAGGAGGCACAGGCCGGGCAGCGUGAGGGCGAAGCAGCACAGGAAGAAGAUGAGGAGGAAGAAGGGGGAGGAGCAAAAGGAGGUGGGGUGGGGAGGAGAGCCAGCCUGCACCACACGGCAUCGCCCUUGAGGGUGCAGCGCAACGGGGCCGGCUCACACUCCACCACCUCCGACUAUGAGCUCUCGCUUGACCUCAAAAAUAAGCAGAUCGAAAUGUUAGAGCACAAAUACGGUGGCCACCUAAUCUCCCGCCGUGCUGCCUGCAAGAUCCAGACUGCCUUCCGCCAGUACCAGCUCAGCAAGAACUUCGAGAAGAUCCGCAAUUCGCUACUGGAGAGUCGUCUGCCUCGACGCAUCUCCCUGCGCAAGGUCCGCAUGCAAAACACAGAGGGUUUCUCUGCUGAACGGGCCCUGGCAGAAGGCUACAACUUGACAGGCAUCCCAUUGGUGCGCUCGCCAUCUCUGCCUGCCACAGUUGGUGGCUCCCUGACCGACCUGGAAGACUCAUUCACUGAACAGGUCCAGUCACUGGCAAAGUCCAUAGACGAUGCACUCAGCAACUGGAGCCUGAAGACCAUGUGCUCACUGCAAGAAGGCGGCACCUAUCAGUUCGGUGCCGACUCCUUCAGUGCUGCUGCAGCAGCAGCAGGAGGAGGAGAUGGAGGAGAAGGAUGUGUUGAGGGAGAGUCAACGCUUCAUCAAGGCCCACUGGACCCAAGUGACCUGUCGAGAAGCGCAAGCAAGCUGAUGAUGGCGUUCCGGGAUGUGACGGUGCAGUUCGACAGCCAGAACUUCCGUGUUUCAUCCUCAGUCAUGGAAUCGUCCACCGUCACCCUCGGCAGCUGCGUCCAACAAGAAGGAGCCUCCACGACUGUCACAUCUACUUCCACAACGACAAACUCCUCUCCGAUCUACAUUUCUCAUGGCCUCUCACAAGAACCCCCUCCUCCCCCUGCAGAACUCCCAGUCGAACCCAUAGAUCCACCACCGCCCCCACAAGAGCCCCCGCCACCCCUAGAAUCAGAAUUUGAAGAAGGCGAGCAGGAUGUUGAGUUCCCUGCUCCUCCACCGAGUGAAGAAGAGCUGGGGGAGGAGGAUCAGCCUCUCCUAACCCCUCUGGAUAAGAUGGCUGCUCCUCAAAGCCCAGAGGAAGUUGUGGUGGUGCUGCCACAACCCACAAAGCCCUCUCACGUCUUUCCACCGCUGCUGGGGAGCUCGCCCAUGGCAGCGCCCCUGGAAGUCAAGAGGUGCAGCUCCGAGACUGCAGAUAACAGCUCAGAGCAGAUGAGCAGCAGCAGCACGUCCACAGAGGCACGCUCCACAUCUGAAGCCUCGUCCAAGGAGGCACUGCAGGCCAUGAUCCUCAGCCUGCCACGCUACCACUGUGAGAACCCCGCCAGCUGUAAAUCACCCACGCUGUCCACUGACGUCAUGCGAAAGCGCCUCUACCGUAUCGGCCUCAAUCUCUUCAAUGUAAACCCGGACAAGGGCCUUCAGUUCCUGAUCUCUCGAGGCUUCAUCCCAGAUACUCCCAUCGGCGUUGCCCACUUUCUGCUACAGAGGAAGGGCUUGAGCCGACAGAUGAUAGGAGAGUUCCUCGGAAACAGCAAGAAGCCCUUCAACAGAGAUGUCCUGGAUUGUGUGGUGGAUGAGAUGGACUUCUCAGGCAUGGAGCUGGAUGAAGCACUGAGGAAGUUUCAGGCCCACAUUCGUGUCCAGGGAGAAGCCCAGAAGGUGGAACGCCUUAUCGAGGCCUUUAGUCAGCGCUACUGCAUGUGUAACCCCGAUGUGGUGCAGCAGUUUCACAACCCAGACACCAUCUUCAUCCUGGCCUUUGCCAUUAUUCUGCUCAACACCGACAUGUACAGUCCAAACAUCAAGCCCGACCGCAAGAUGAUGUUGGAGGACUUCAUACGCAACCUACGGGGUGUGGACGAUGGAGCAGACAUCCCGAGAGACAUGGUGGUGGGAAUCUAUGAAAGAAUACAACUGAGGGAGUUACGUUCCAACGAAGAUCACGUCACCUACGUCUCCAAGGUUGAGCAGUCCAUCGUAGGCAUGAAAACAGUUCUCUCUGUCCCUCAUAGAAGACUGGUGUGCUGCAGUCGACUUUUUGAAGUGACUGAUGUCAACAAGGCCCAAAAACAGGCGGCACACCAGAGAGAAGUCUUCCUCUUCAAUGAUCUCAUCGUGAUCUUGAAGCUUUGCCCAAAGAAGAAGAGUUCUGCAGCCUACACGUUCUGCAAAGCAAUGGGCCUACUUGGCAUGCAGUUUCACCUGUUUGAAAAUGAAUACUACCCUCAUGGCAUCACCAUCCUCUCACCUUUUGGCUCAGACAAAAAGCAGGUACUUAACUUUUGUGCCCAAAGUGCUGAGGAGCUGCUCAAAUUUGUAGAAGACCUGAAGGAAUCAAUCGCGGAGGUGUCGGAGAUGGAGCAGAUACGUAUCGAGUGGGAGCUGGAAAAGCAGCAGGGAGCCAAGACACACUCAGUAAAGAACAACGGCACACAGCUAGAGCUGCGCGGCAAACAGGGCUCCCCAUCAGGAAACCAGGAGAUAGAUGAAAGAAGUGGACACAAUGCAGUAGAGGUGUCAAUUCACAACAGGCUUCAGACGUACCAGCUCAGCAGCAGCAGCAGCACGGCUCGGAGUCCCGAGAGCGUGGCCCUUCUUAACCACCAGGGGGAGCUGCUUUUCCAGCAGGGGCUAACCCAUGGGCCGGCGCCUCCACCUCAGCACCCGCAGCUGCAGUCAGCGGCAAGCACCCCUGUCCACCACCUCCACCUCCAGCAGCACCACCAGCCGGCUGUCAGCAUGACUGACCUGAGGCCCGAGACACUCAUCCAGUGUCAGCAGAUCGUCAAGGUCUUCAUGCUCGACAACAGCGGCCACGGACGCAUGGAGGCCUUCCUCAGCCAAACGCCCACACACCACCACUACCAGCAUCACCACCACAGCCACCACCAGCUCAGUCAGUCGGCCAUGUCCACCCCAGUCCGCUCGCCGGACUGCUCUCAUGACAACGACGGCCACCAGCCCCCGCUGCCUCCCCCACCACCGCCUUACAACCACCCUCACCAGUAUAUACCCCCCGACCCCCGCCUCAGUCUACACCGGACCCCAAGUGGCUCUCGGAGCAUGGUGUAAAUAAAUUCAUGAGUAUUGUCACACUGAAACACACACUCCCACACAAACCCCACCCCCUUCUCUACCUAUUUAACAGUACAUAAUGUACAUAUAUACAUACAGAAAGAGCUAUAAUGAAGAAAAAAAAAAUCUCACUUAUAUGCAUAUAUUUAAGGAAAAAAUAAACUAAAAGAAAAAAUCAAGGUUUUAAAAGAGAAAAGGAGAAAUAAAGUGCAUAUAUAAAAUUUUACUUGAUUCCACAUGUAUUUUGAAAUAUUAUGUAGUUUUAACAAAUUUCUAUAACUUUUUGUCAGUUUUAACUUGCUAAAGAAAACACAGAUAUUCAGUUUCUGGAUGGAUUCCUUCUAGUUCCGGUAAUGACCACCACCAACCACAGAAAUGGACUGUGCCGGCUGGACACACUCCAAGGACCUUCCGCUUCUGUUCGCUUUUAUCAUCCCAAACCUCAUGCCUACUGUGCUGUAUGUGCGCGCGUGUGCAUAGUUGAAACUUACUGAAAACGUGUGCCAAAAUACAUAGCCUCCACUAAACACUGACUCCUUUGCACUCGACUUAACGCUAGGGCUAGAAGAAAGAAAAAGAAAUUCCUUUGCUUUGAAAAAAAAUAGUCCUUUCCACGCUUCUCUCCCACAGGGAGCACAAAAAAAUGAAUAACAAAACUGAACAUCCGCUCCUCUGUUGUGUUGUGGCUCUCUAUCAUCAGAAAACACUCAACUGUCACUCUCCAUAGAUCAUUCUACAGUGAAGUAUGACAGGAAAUAAAGGCAACCAAUCACACAGAUUUCUGCCAAACCAAAAAGUCAGCCCAGGAUGGUCCUGUUGAUUGUUGUUUGUCUUUUACUCUUCAUAUUUAAUAUCGCCAACGCUUCCCACGAGUUCUCGCCACAUGUUGACGGUGGGAAAGUCUUUUUGAAAUCGUCGAAGCUGCUGAAACCACUCUCAGACUUUUCUCAAACUACAACCAUUCAAAUGUAAUAUAUGUACACUGUGCUGUCAUCUGUGGUUUAUGAAACGCUUCUUAGCAUUUCUUUUUCAGGAAGUCACCAUGAAUUUCCAUGAAGAUGCUUCUGCUACAACUGUUAAAUGUCAACAUCUGUGUUUAUUCUGAUUUGCGUAAAGCAUAAUUCCACCUUUGUGUGUUUUCUGUCGGUGGAUAAAUGCAAGACUGGGUCCACCCACAAAGCACCCAGACACUGUCUCUUUAUGUCGGUACAACUCCCAGGUUUUGUUUCAGCUCCUUGUGACUUUUUCCUCUUCCCUCCUAACCUUUCAGUCUGACAUUUUUAAAAAGGCAAAAACCACAGAGGCACACACACACACACAGCUUGGAUUGCAAAUGCUGGCAUUAAUGAUAUUGUUUGUGCUGUUGGCUUGUCUGCUUUAAAUACGAACGGGACAAAAAGAAUGCAUUAUCUGAUCUCUUUUUCUUUCACCCCAGCCUAGAUUGUAAAUACCACGUUCAAGUAGUGUCGGAAAGGACAAGCAAGCUACCUUUAGCCCCUUCAAAGUGCUAUUGCCCUGUCACGCGUCCUUCAUUCUGAAAUAGGUCAGCGACUGCAUCAGCUUGAAUUCGUCCAUCUUUUAAACAUAAGGCCCCACCAGAUACUGUGGAAUGGAUGUUCAUUUAACUCUGCUCUCAUCUGACCCCACCUUUCUGAUUUGUUGAUUUAUAAUCACAGAGGCAACGCAGGGAGGUCUCCAGCUUAUCUUUCUGUCAUUUUCCACUCACCCAGUGGAAAGACAGAGGUUGCAGAAAAGAAACAGUCUGGCGGAGAUGGUGAGCGUGUGUGUGCGUGUGUGUAUGUGAGCACUUGUACAGCUAUCUUUGUGAGGACCAAUAACAGUUUUAGACCUUCAAAGGCCCGUUUGAGGGUUGAGACUCGGUUUUAACGUUCAGGUAAUAAUUAAGUUUAAGUUAAGGUUGGGGUAAGGGUCGGGGGUUAGGCAUGUAGGUGUGAUGGUUAAGGUUAGGGUAAGGAGCUAGGGAAUGCAAUAUGUCAGUAACAGGUCCCCACAAGGACAAGUACAAGGUUAUGUGUGUGUGUGUGUGUGUGUGUGUGUGUGUGUGUGUGUGUGUGUGUAACUUUCCCAAAAAACAAAUCUGACCUCUCUCCCGUUCAUUUUGGUAAUUCUUUUGUUAUUAUCGUUCACCACAACAAAAAGAAAUAGCGCUUUCAAAAUUAACGACGGGCUUUUAUGACAAUUUUUAUAAUGUUAGUGGCUAUAAAAAACACUGAAGGUUAUGCAAUACAUUUCAGUAAAUAACAUCAAAAGUUCUGAUAUUAUGGAUUUUACACUGAUGGAUGAUUAUUGUAUAUGAUUCCUGAUGCAUUUGUUUAGAUCAACAUUCACAUAUAAUGUGAUUCUUCUCUCAUGCAUGCCAUCAGUUUUGGAGGCCUAUUGAACUCCGAUUCCCAAAGGUUUAGCAUUUUUUUGUGCAUGACUGACUUUGAUGUGAGCACGCUCGCAGGAGAAGACAGAUGUUUCGUUUGAGGUUGAAAAAAAAAAGAAAUUAAAGCAAACACCCCUUCGAACAGAUAAUGGAUUCAUAAUGGCAAAUUUGAGGCUUCUAUUUUGCCAAACAGUGGCUAUUUUUGUUCUUAUGUCUUUCACAACCCUUUCUUUAUGGUUGCACAAUUUUCCCUACUUGACAAUGUGUGUAAGCAUUUUGGGAGAUAGACGUCCUGUGUGUGCAAUAAACAUGAAUACGAGGCACACUGAAAAUCAUAAGUUUAUGUUUGAAAGGAAACCAAUGUAGCAUUUUGGGAGUCUAGCAUAUGACGUGGAAGCGCAGUAGUGGCUAACUUUCUUAACUGAGAAACUGACAAAAGGGCUCUGCCAUACCAGUGCACCGCUUCAUGAAUGAUACGUGGAUCUUGUCUGGCUCUUCAACACUGUGUUUGCUCAUACUAGUUAAAAAAAAAAAAGAAUUACAAAAAGUGGACAUAUUUAUGGUGAAAACUAUGAUGAAGACAGGUGGAAACUGAGUCUAACAGAUAUGAACCAUCACCUCCCUCAGUUGGCUUUGAACCCCUCUCUACCUGUCCUUUCAGUAUAUCAACAUGCUAUUAAAGAUGAUUUAAGUCUAUUCACAA